CCACAAUGUAGGAGAAUGUGAUGAGGACUCUGCAACGUGUUUCUGGUUUGACAAACUACUGGAGAUUUGGCUCUGAAGAGAUGGCUCUAGAUGUGGCUGAAUCUCUUAGGACAUUCUAUAGGGAAAAUUUGCAGAAUGAGCUGCGGAAGUCAGCAAUUACAAAUGAUGGCUCUUUGGACCCAGUGUUUAAGCUUUUACAGAAAAAAGAAGAGGUGGCUGAAGCACAGCACAGCUUAAAAGAGCAUAAAGAGAAAUUUCGAGUGACGCGCAAAGAGCUUCGAAAGAGAAGAGAAGAGCUACAGGAGAAGAAGAGGCACUUCCAGGAGCGGUGUCACAGCUUUGAUGAGUUCUUUAAGAAAAAUGAGGAAAUGCGUCAACGUGCCCUGCAGAGAGCAUCUAAAGAGCGGGAGUUGAUUGACCAAAUGGAGCUACAUCUGGCAGAUCUACAGAACAAAACUGCUUCCUUACAAAAAGUGAAGAUGCGGCUAGAACAACAUGUUGAAAAACACUCCAUCUACCUGAAGUACCUGGAAGCAGUGGUGCUGGCCUCCAGAAAGGAAACACAAUGGGCUCGUGUCCAAAACAGUGCAGCAAGCCGGACCCUCAUGCUGGGCACCAUCAGAAUGGCAACCCUCAACAUGUACCGGACUAUCUGUAGAGAGGCUAAUGUUCCCAAAAACAUAUCUGUUCCUGCAGAUGACACCCUAGCACAGCUGGACACGAUUCAAAGGUUUCUCUUGGAGCUGGCAGCCAUUUGUGAGACUGUAAAGAGCUAGAGCCAGACAAAGGGCUGAAUUGCCAUCCUGUGACA